AUGGACUCCAGGUCUCGCAGACUUCCGUUCAGUCUGUCCAGCUCAAGGACCUCCUACACAUUCAGUCCAACAGUCUCCUCUACCUCCUCAUCUCUGGGCUCCAGCAGGUUGUACAGUAGGGACACGGUGCUGAAUAAUGACCGCUUUCCAAGGGCAUCCUCGCCUUACAAAGCAGACAUGGAUAAACAGAGUUCUCGUUUCCUUGGCUCAUCGAGAGACUACAGCAGCUCUGAUAGCCGCUCCACCAGCUGGAAGCUGCCGGCUUUGAUGUCCACCAGCAGAUCUUACGACCGCCCCCGGGCCGAGUCGUCCUUCAGCAGUAGGAGCAAGCUGGUACUGAAGCCUCCUCGUACGGAUUUUGACGUGAGGUCGGGGAUCAGUUCGAGUUUGCUGAGUGCCAGCGAAGAUGCUGAUUCCAAAAGGGCCAAACUCUCAUACGGCAACAGAGGACUCUACUCACGAACGCCCAGCACCUCGCUUACAGGAUCCACUUACUCCAGUUCUGGGCUCAGCAGUGGUAGAGGUGAAAAACAAAGUGACACCUAUGAUUCAACAUGGAGCUCCAGUCACUUGCGCCAGCGGCCGUCAUCCUCCAGCUCAAAGCCGCUUCUGUCCAGGCGAGAGCAAGAGGCAAAGAUCGAGUCCAGCCUCUCAAGCUUGGGAGAAAGACAAGCCAGGAACUCUGGACUAGUUUCCUCAUUAUAUCAACCAGACAGGGUCAUGUCCACAUAUGCACAAGGAGCUCGUCCCAAAGAAACUGCCUACUCUGCCUCCUCUUUCUCCUCCACCUCCACUGCCAGGGAGAGCUCUCUGAGCCGCCACCUCUCCUCCUCCUCCUCCACUUCUCAGCGGAGCUUCCCUUUGACGCGCGACUUCAGCAGCCGAGCUCCGAGCCGGUUCUCCGCCGGGGCCUCCACCCUCCACUCGUCUCAGGAACCAGCGGGGAGCCGAGGGCCGCUGGACGCCUCCUCCUCCUCCUCUUCUUCUUACUCCUCCCACAGCCACCGGUACGCCUCCCCCCUGUCCAGGCCCGAGCCGCUCCAGCCGCGGCCGGCCCCCGAAGGCGGCGAGCCGGAGGGCCGCAGCUCCACCCGCCGCCUGCUGUCCCGCCUCUUCUCGCGGCGCUCCAGCCAGGACUCCUCCAGCGGCUCCUCCAGCGCCCGCUCGCUGGACGACGACAGCCCCUCCACCGGCGGGGAGUCCGUGGACAGCGACGACGGCGCCCGGACGCCCGGGGUGGGCGCGGACAGCGGGAGGGCGGAGCCGGCCCCGGGCGGCCUCAGGAGCCUCAGGGCAGACCUCGCCCCCAUCCAGGAGGGCCGCGGCGGCUCGGCUCAGCCCCGAACGGCGUCCUGGAGGGAGCCCGACGGUAACGAUAGCAACAGCAGCAGCGGAGGAAGAAGAUCGUCCUGGCUGUCUUCCUCACUCCGAGGCCGCUGCCCCCCCCUCCUCUCCCGCCUCAGAAGACACACGAGGGAAGAUGGUACGCACCCGGCCUCAGGUUCACAAGAAGCCUACAGCAAUCCGCAGCAUCUGCUGAGAAGGUGGGAUGACCUCGAUCACAAGGCUUCACAGGAUGAUGAUGAAGAGGAGGAGGAGGAAGAAGAAGAAGAGGAGGAGGAAGAGGAGGAAGGAGCAGUCGGGUUAGGAGCUGUCGCCAGUCGUGCUUGCAGACCAGAGGAGGAAACGUUACCCGAACUGGAAGACGCCUCCAUUAGGUUUUCCCCGCGUCGCAGAGUUGGAGUGUUUGAAAACAUCACGGUCUCCGUGGGCAGCCUGGGCAGCGCGGAGAGCCAGCCGGAGAGCCAGAAGGAGAAGAUCAUUUCCAGCAGAGAUCAAGAGAAGCUGCGCAAGAUCAAAGAGAAACUCCUGCUGGAGGAAUCCGACGAGGAAGAGGGGGACCUCUGCCGAAUCUGCCAAAUGGGCGAGGACUCCCCGGCCAACCCGCUGAUCCAGCCCUGCCGCUGCGCCGGCAGCCUGCAGUACGUGCACCAGGACUGCAUCAAGAGGUGGCUGCGCUCCAAGAUCGGCUCUGGCACUAAUCUGGAGGCCAUCACCACCUGCGAGCUCUGUAAGGAGAAGCUGCGCUUAAACAUCGACAACUUCAACGUUCAGGAGCUGUACAGGACACACGUGCAGUCGGAGUACGAUGAGUUCAUCAGCAGCGGGCUCUACCUGGUGGUGCUGCUCCACUUCUGCGAGCAGAGGUUCUCCGACGUCCUGGGGGCCAUGGACACGGCCGGGUUUUUCUACCUGCUGAGAAUUCUUCAUGAACACAUGGACAGUCUUGAAAUCCCCCACGACGACAGCGACGAGGACGAGCAAGACAACAGGCCCUCGGUCGACUUUUCAGACCAGGACGACGAGCUGGACGAGGAGUAUUGA